GUGAUGGGUGUGACUUCCACUCCCUCCCAGUUAUGACACAACUUUAGUUUCUUUGAAUAAGAGCAGAAAAGUUGGAAAGCUCCUUUACUGCCCAGUGGCUGCUUUUGUUGCUCCUGGAGGAUUCUAGCUUGUAGACUUUGUCAGGAUCAUGUCCCAGCUACAGCUGCUUUGGAUUUGUGCAUUUGGAUUAUGUUCCUUGCUCCAUGUGUGUCAGUCAGAUACAGCCGUCAGCUGCCGAUUUCGAGGUAUUUUCCAUGUGGAGAAGGGAGGGAGGUACAGGCUAACAUUGGAGGAAGCUGAGGAAGUGUGCGCUGCACUCAACUCUACACUUGCAACCAUCGAACAGAUGAAGGAGGCGUACGACUCAGGUUUUGAGACCUGCAGGUACGGCUGGAUAGAAGGACAUAUUGUGAUUCCUCGUAUAACCAAGAACCCAAUAUGUGCUGCCAACCACGUAGGGAUUUACAUUCUCACCUCCAACAUAACUCAGCACUAUGAUGUCUACUGCUUCAAUGAAUCAGAGACAAGAGAUAAGGUCUGUGACCCGGUUGUGUUUCAGGAUGCAGUGAGCUUUGAUCAGAAAUCGAUCGAUUCCUACGAUCCCAGCUUGCAAGAUACACAAAAUCCGUCUCUAAAACAGAACUCAGAACCAGAGGAAGGAAAUGACUAUAAUAGUACCAAUCCCACCCAAGAUGGGCAUGCAACUGACCAAUCAGAUGUUUUUAAGCAUCCCGAUGACGAUCAGCAGGGGACCACAGACCCAGAGUCUGUCAUCACAGAUGAUUAUUUGAUUGAGACAAUUGAACCAACAGACAAUUCUAUUUAUCAUUCAGGAGAUGGCAGACUCCAGGAUGGCCAAAUACCUUUCAGUGACUACACAGACCAAGACAAUUUAAUAAAUGAUGAAACGACAACAGAUCUAUCUCAUCAUGGUGACCAUGCCCUUUUUGAAACUAAUAAUAAUGGAAUUGAUGAUGUUACAAGUGCCACCGAUUCAGAUGCAGAAAAGACAGAUGAAGAUCACCCACAUGACCAUGAUCACUCGUCUAGUGAUGGUGCUAAGAAGGGAGGGAGAAUGGUUGACCACACUCAUGACCACGACCUUGAACAUGAUCCAUCAGCCAACGGAUCAAUCAGUGCAACCUCUCCAAAGCAAAGACGAGGUGCCCUGGUCCCAGAUUGGUUAAUCGUCACUGUGUCCCUCGUGUGCCUGGGCCUGAUCCUCUCUGUCUGCAUCGCCCUCAACAGCAGCAAAUUUUGUGGUAAAAAGAAGAAGCUGGUGAUUAAUGGCAAGAAGGCAUCUCUUGAGGAUGGGGGCAUGAUGGACCAUAACGGUGACACUGCCAAAUCACAGGAGAUGGUUCAUUUGGUGAACCGAGAUCCAGCAAUUGACCCAUAUGCUCAGAAUAACACAAACCCAGAAGAUUCAAGAAAUAUGAGGGACGUUGACAUGAAAAUUGGGGUCUAGAUUGUUUUGGGACACUGAGACAUAUGUUGAGGAACCCCCAGAGAUUGACCAUGGAGUUAUAUUGAACUUGGAGGUGUCAGGACCCAAUGACCACCGAAUAGGACCCAAAGCCACUUGUGUUUGUCAUUUUAUAUCUGGGCACAUAUGUCUCUCACCUCAGUGAUGUUGCAGGCUAUAAGGACCCUGUAGGGGGUUUUACGAAAGUGCAUUAGGAGUUGGGGGGAGGGGAGAGGUUGGACAAAUCAUAAAUGUAGAAAUAAGUCCCAAUAACAGCUCACAUCUUGUCUCAGCGACCAUCUGUAGAAGUAUUUCUCCUCUAAGCAAUCACACUUUAUGUUUUUAUCUUUUUGUAAUUAAUCUCUAAAUUAUUACUUACUACAUUCUCAGGUAAAUAUGGGGUUUAAUGAAUCUGUCAUAAUCAAGUGCCCACAUGUUAAUGGGCAACGCAUCAUCAAAUGAUGCAUCUGAAGCAUCUGGGAAAGGGUAGAGCACAUAAAUCUGUUCCUACAGUCUUUAGGAUCUAAAAAUAAUCAGGGAGAAUUAUCCCUUCUUAAGCACAGCCAAGUCUUAUGAAUGUAACAAGUAGUUGUACUGAGUAAUAUGAACCAAGUAACAGCCCACAGCAGAAUACACCAUCCUUUACCCUCACGUCUGUAGGGGACUCAUGUCUGUAAGGGACUCACGUCUCUAGGGGACUCAUGUCUGUAAGGCACUCAUGUCUGUAGGGGACUCACGUCUGUAGGGGACUCAUGUCUGUAAGGGACUCAUGACUGUGGGACUUAUGUCUGUAGGGAACUCACGUCUGCAGGGGACUUAUGUUUAUAGGGGAUUCACAUCUGUGGGGGACUUAUAUAUGUGGGGACUCACGUCUUUAGGGGACUUAUGUAUGUGGAGACUCAUGUCUGUGGGGACUCACGUGUGUAGGGGACUCACAUCUAUAGGGACCCAUGUCUGUAGAGGACUCAUUUCUGUGGGGACUCAUGUCUGCAGGGACUAAGUAUAUCGCCAACCAUCUUGGCUAAAGUUUAGGCACAAUCAAUCAAUUUGGACUAAUCACAGUUACUCCCGUUAGCUUUGUAUUAACAGAUAUGGAACUGUGUAUUCCUAGGCUGCAUUUGGAUUUUGUUUCCAGCUUUUUCACAUUUUUUACAUUUGUUAUUUUUAGGUCUAUAGGAAAGCCAAAAUUUUCAUUUGUAAUGUGGCCUUUUCCAUUAGGCGACUAUACUGGGAAUGAAGCCCUAGGACGCUACUUUGUCUUUUCACUGCUUGCGUCUAUCCAGUCACUGUGCGUUUGCUUGAUGCAUUGACUGCCGCAGAGAAUAAUAUCUUUGGUGGAUGUCCUUCUUUAUAGGUUACCUGCUUUUGGUUUAUCCCUGGUACAGUUGCCAAUGUUAGGGUAAUAAUAUAGUAUGAGAAGAAGAAACACAAAUCGUUUAUUGACCUUCUGGCUCUACAAAUGAAUGCAAGCCGGGAAUACUGUCAGGUUGUGGGUUCUAGAGUAUUUGUGUAAAUGCACAGUUAGCCCAAUUUAUGCCCAGAACAUGUCUGCUGCAUGCUCAUCUGUAACCAAUGGAUUAAAAGAUGUAGAUGACAAUAUUUUGUAUAUAGAUACUGAUGUAUGUAGGCUGAUAUGCCAAAACUGGUUAAGAGUGGUGUGUGUCUACUGUAUGUUGGGGAACUAGAAUAAAACAUUUACUGGGGAUUUAUUGGUUACUUUUGUUCCCAGUAAUCAGAAAGUGCAAUUACUGUUUAAUUUGUGCCAUUCUGUAAACAGUUUGGGGUAUAGGAACUAGCGAACAAAUUCAUUUGACAAGAACGUUUUUCCCAAAUAAAGAAGCGAUUGUUAUGUGCUGUAAAA